CAGAUAUAAUAGUGCAAUUAAUUGGAAGUGCAGUUGCUAAUUGCUUGUACAACGGACUGAUGGAGCGGCAUAAACAAGAAGAGGGAGAGGUCAGGGCCUCAGGGGUGUCCUGACCCAACCGGUGGCCUCGGAUCCGGAGAUUCUGCAGACACACAUGAGGGGCACACCCUCUCACUCCUACUUUACAAUGUCAGCAACUGAAACCCCUGUGCUUGCUUAAUUAAGCUCAACCCCAGUUCAGUUCUGCUUGCUGCCACCAAGCAAGCUCAAGCCACUUUCCUGCAGUGCUUAGAACACAAGCAAGAACAUAGAUUUGCAAGUGACACCAGCAGCAGCUAAUUCUACAGCAUCAGCUCACCUCAUCUCUUCAUUAAUGUGUUGUUGAAUACGUUGCACACCCAAGUACAGUUUGAACUGUGGUGCCAGCAAGCAGAGAUGCCUCCUGGUACGAGCAGUAGUAGUAGAAGCAGGUGGAGGAGGGCGUGCGUGGCGCCGCUUCUGCGGUGCGCGCUCGUCAUGGCGUGCAUGGGCUGCGCCCUCUCCGUGGACGCGCAGGGCGCGGCGCUGCUCGCGUGGAAGCGCACGCUGCGCGGCGGCGAGGAGGCCCUGGGGGACUGGAAGGAGUCCGACGCGUCGCCGUGCCGGUGGACGGGCCUGUCGUGCAAUGCCGCGGGGCGGGUCACGGAGCUGAGCCUGCAGUUCGUCGGCCUGCACGGCGGCGUGCCGGCCGACCUGUCCGCCGUGGGCGCCACGCUCGCGCGGCUGGUGCUCACGGGCACCAACCUGUCGGGCCCGAUCCCGCCGCAGCUCGGGGACCUACCGGCGCUGACGCACCUCGACCUCAGCAACAAUGCGCUCACGGGCCCGAUCCCGGCGAGCCUGUGCCGGCCAGGGAGCAAGCUGGAGAGCCUGUAUGUUAACUCAAACCGCCUCGAGGGCGCCAUCCCGGACGUCAUCGGCAACCUCACGGCGCUAAGCGAGCUCAUCAUCUACGACAACCAGCUCGAGGGCACCAUCCCGGCGUCCAUCGGGCAGAUGGCCAGCCUCGAGGUGCUCCGCGGCGGCGGCAACAAGAACCUCCAGGGCGCGGUCCCGCCGGAGAUCGGCAACUGCACCAAGCUCACCAUGCUCGGCCUCGCCGAGACCAGCAUCUCCGGUCCGCUCCCGGCGAGCCUCGGCCAGCUCAAGAGCCUCGACACGCUGGCCAUCUACACCGCGCUGCUCUCUGGCCCAAUACCGCCCGAGCUCGGUCAAUGCAGCAGCUUGGAGAACAUCUACCUGUACGAGAACGCGCUCUCCGGGUCGAUCCCGCCGCAGCUCGGCAAGCUCAGCAAUCUCAAGAACCUGCUGCUUUGGCAGAACAACCUCGUCGGCGUCAUCCCGCCGGAACUAGGGGCGUGCGCGGGGCUCACCGUGUUGGACCUGUCCAUGAACGGUCUUACCGGCCAUAUCCCGGCGUCGCUCGGGAACCUGACGUCUCUGCAGGAGCUGCAGCUCAGCGUGAACAAAGUGUCCGGCCCAAUUCCGGCAGAGCUCGCGCGGUGCACCAACCUCACCGACCUCGAGCUCGACAACAACCAGAUAUCCGGCGGCAUCCCGGCCGAGAUCGGCAAGCUCGCGGCGCUGCGUAUGCUCUACCUCUGGGCCAAUCAGCUCACGGGGAGCAUCCCGCCGGAGAUCGGCUCCUGCGCGAGCCUCGAGUCGCUCGACGUGUCGCAGAACGCGCUCACCGGUCCCAUCCCGCGGUCCCUGUUCCGGCUGCCGCGACUGUCCAAGCUGCUGCUCAUCGACAACACCCUCUCCGGCGAGAUACCGCCGGAGAUCGGCAACUGCACGUCGCUCGUCCGGUUCCGGGCGAGCGGUAACCACCUUGCCGGCGCAAUUCCCCCCGAGGUUGGUAAGCUUGGCAACCUCAGCUUUUUGGACCUCAGCUCGAACAGGUUGUCCGGCGCCAUGCCGGCAGAGAUUGCAGGCUGCCGGAACCUCACGUUCGUCGACCUCCACGGCAAUGCCAUCACCGGCGUGAUGCCGCCGGGGCUGUUUCACGACAUGCCCUCUCUGCAGUACCUGGACCUCUCGUACAACGCCAUCGGCGGCGCGAUCCCGUCGGACAUCGGCAAGCUCGGUUCGCUCACGAAGCUCGUUCUUGGCGGGAACCGCCUCUCCGGUCAGAUACCGCUGGAGAUUGGCUCGUGCUCACGGCUCCAGCUCCUGGACCUCGGCGGCAACUCUCUGUCCGGCGCGAUACCGGCGAGCAUCGGCAAGAUUCCGGGGUUGGAGAUUGCUCUUAACCUGAGCUGCAACGGCUUGUCCGGCAUAAUACCCAAGGAGUUCGCCGGGCUCGUACGGCUCGGUGUGCUCGACGUGUCGCACAACCAGCUAUCCGGCGAUCUCCAACCGCUGUCCGCGCUCCAGAACCUUGUCGCCCUCAACAUCUCUGUCAACAACUUCGCCGGCCGCGCACCGGAGACGGCGUUCUUCGCGAAGCUGCCCACGAGCGACGUGGAGGGCAACCCAGCGCUGUGCCUCUCGCGGUGCCCCGGUGACGCCAGUGACCGCGAGCGCGCCGCACGGCGCGCCGCACGUGUCGCCACCGCCGUCCUGCUCUCCGCUCUCGUCGUCCUCCUCGCUGCCACGGCGUUCGUCCUCCUCAGCCGGCGCAAACUCCCCGUGUUCGGCGGCGCGCGCCACGACGAGGACAAGAACGCCGAGAUGUCGCCGCCUUGGGACGUCACGCUGUACCAGAAGCUGGAGAUUAGCGUGGGCGACGUGGCUCGCAGCCUCACGCCGGCGAACGUCAUCGGGCAGGGCUGGUCCGGAUUGGUGUAUCGCGCGAGCGUCCCUUCCACCGGCGUCACCAUCGCCGUCAAGAAGUUCCGGUCGUGCGACGAGGCGUCGGCCGAGGCCUUCGCCUGCGAGAUCGGCGUGCUGCCCCGGGUGCGCCACCGCAACAUCGUGCGGCUCCUGGGGUGGGCGGCCAACCGCCGGACGCGCAUCCUCUUCUACGACUACCUCCCGAAUGGCACCGUCGGUGGCCUGCUGCACAGCGGAGGCUCGACUGGCGCCGCCGUGGUGGAGUGGGAGGUGCGGCUCUCGAUUGCCGUCGGAGUGGCCGAGGGCCUCGCGUACCUUCACCACGACUGCGUGCCGGUGAUCCUCCACCGCGAUGUCAAGGCCGACAACAUUCUCCUCGGCGAGCGCUACGAGGCGUGCCUUGCCGACUUCGGCCUCGCCAGGGUCGCAGAGGACGGCGCCAACUCAUCUCCUCCGCCGUUCGCCGGAUCGUACGGAUACAUCGCUCCCGAGUACGGGUGCAUGACCAAGAUCACAACCAAGAGCGACGUGUACAGCUUCGGGGUGGUGCUGCUUGAGAUAAUCACCGGGCGGCGCCCGGUGGAGCCGGCGUUCGGAGAGGGGCGAAGCGUGGUGCAGUGGGUGCGCGAGCACCUCCGCCAGAAGCGUGAUCCGGCGGACGUGAUCGACCCACGGUUACAAGGCCGGCCAGACACGCAGGUGCAGGAGAUGCUACAGGCCCUCGGGAUUGCCCUGCUAUGCGCCAGCACGCGCCCCGAGGACCGGCCGACCAUGAAGGACGUGGCGGCGCUGCUGCGUGGCCUCCGAAGCGACGACGGCGCUGAUGAGACAUGGAAGGUCGGAGGCGGGUCUGGGGCCAGAUCGGACUCGGUCUCGCCGGCCAAACCGACACCCCUACCCCGCCUGGCCCAGUCCCACUCCCACUCCAGCUCAAUGGCCUACUCAGCACAGGGAGUCUAGCCUAGCCGAAAGAGGAACAGACGGCGCCAAGCAUGCCACUGCAAGGUGUGCGACGACUGACAUGGCUAAUGUUGGCCGAAGGUCGUCGAGCCUGUGAACCACCAAAGUGUCGCCGGAUCGCUGCCAAGGCGAGGGAGAAGGAGCGGACGCGGACAAGUCUGCACCAAUCGAUCGCGACCAUGCCGGCCGGAGGAGGCGCGGUGGGGAAGAAGGCGCGGCGCCACCAUGAAUCAAGCAGCGAGCCUGAGCCAGCAAUUCCUUCUCCUCGUAUACCAUACACAUAGCUGUAACGCAAUUCAUCUUGUACCUAAGUUACCCAAUCUAUCGGUAAUCUGAUGGCAUGAUUGUGUCGUA